ACAGUCCGCUCGCGUACAGUAAAAUCUCCUAUUUUGUAGUUCUGUGCGGUAAUUACGAUGGCGGAAGAUGAAGAUUUGGCCAUGGCCAAAACUCUGCAAGCACAGUUCGACCAAGAACUGCUGGAGAUCAGCUCGGACGACGACGUUUGCUUUGUGGAUUCCGUCGAGCGAGACCAUCAGCUGGCCGUGAAGCUGCAGGCGAAAUACGAAACUGAAGCCGUUCACCUUCUCUCCGAUAGCGACGACGAUAUUAUCAUUCAAGCUUCUGCCGGUGGUUCUACCGCUCCCCAGAAUCCCGUAAAGAGGGAAAUCAAAGAUGAAUGCAAGGCAACGGGCGAGGUGAAAAUGUUUCGGGCAGAGCCCGCCGAUCUGAAUGCUCGCGAAUACUUCAUCGAGGAGCUGCAAACUUGGGUAGAUCCGGAGUGCAACUUUGAGUGGAAGUUCAUCGAAGUGCUGCCGGACAUCCGGGCGUUAUUCGAGAAAUUCGACGCUUUGUUCUUUCAAUCUCGUUUUAAAUCGAAGAAUUUCAAUAUCGUUUGGUCGGAUACGAUGGGUGCGAGCUGCACCAACCGGAACUUUAACGAUGAACAGGGCAGAUACACAAUUGCACUGAAUGCCCCGCUGCUUGCGCUGCGUCCCCGAAUAGAAAUCAUCAGUGUUAUCCUGCAUGAAAUGAUUCACGCGUUCCUGAAACUGGAGAAAGUCAUUGAACCCGACAACGGGCAUGGCGAUAAUUUUCGUAAAAUCAUGAUUUUUCUCAACAAUAUGCUCCAGACAAACAUUUCCUUCAGCCAUAAGCUGUACAACACGAAUAUGCUUUGCCGGACGCAGUGGUACCGCUGCACCGGCAUAUGCCACAACUACAAACCAUUCCGUGGCAUCGUGCGAUCAACGGAAGGUCCACCGUCCCUGCACAACGAGUGGUGGAAAGACCAUUCCGAUAGUUGUGGUGGUACGUACUACAAAAUUUAUGAAAUGAGCAAAAUCAUCAACGAAGAAGUCUCAACGCGAUAUGCGGUGAACGUGAGGUAUAUGCUACCGAAACGGGAAAACAUCCGUGGACGCUUCAAAACGAAGCUCCCAGUUAAGGAAUCGUACGAUCUUACUGCCGAAACACCGAGAUUGAUCGCCAGCUCGGAUAGCACGGAAGUGAUUUCCUUGGAUACCGGCGAUACUCCUUCACAGGCCACAUCUAGCAGCUGUAAAGUGGCCGAUAGUUUCAUAGCCCACUUUAAUCGCUCCAUAGCGUUCUCUCGCGACAGCUACGAAAUGCAGUGUCCGAUUUGCCAGGAACGUGUUAAGCGCAAACUGUUCGAUAACCACAUCGAUGGCUGCAAAGGAUUUGUUCGAAAUGUUAGCUGGAAGCGCUCCAGUAAUGGAAAAAUUGUACAGAAUGGAUUGCUCGAGCUGAAAGCCACCCCUGGCUUAGAUGCGUCCACGCCUUCUCCACCCUCAACAUCAUCGGCAUUCGGAAGCUACCAACAGAUCAAACGGAAGCGUUUUGGCUAGAAAGGAAGGAUCGAGCGUGGUGCAUCUCUUUUACGCUACCGGAACGGAGAAUAAACAAAAAAUUGUCAUCAAAAUCAGCUGUUCGACCGGCAAAAUGCAAGCGACUGAGAGAAAUGUGGGAGAGAGCGGUUCGCUCGAUUCUCUCUCAUCUUUUAAGGUCAUCAGCUGAUUGCGAUGUAAACAAAUCCCUCCAGUGCGAUCAAACUGAACCAUUCUCCUAUCG